GAACCCUUUAGCAAGCUCCACUCCAAUAUACUCCAAGCUAGUAUGUUUUACUCUAAACGGUUAAUAUUAACAUUUUCCCCAGGCUUCCUUAAAUCUCAGGGCCCUUGAGGCUUAUAGCCACUUAGAUUACUUUAGCCCCACUCGAAGCAUUCAUCAGGCAUAGGAAGAAGCAGGGUCAGGGUUAAUUCUGUGGCCCCAUAAAUCCCUUCUUCCCCACAAAAAAUUUCAUUCUGUUCUGGUAGUUCAUUGUCUGGGGUUGCAGGUUAGGGGAGUCAACCUCUCAGUUCCCACAGAAUGGCAAAACAGAGAGCCCUAGCCCUACCUGCUUUUGCCCUAGCUGGCCCCAAAUCCCCUCUCAAAGGGUACAGUUCAGGUGUCAGAUAUAGCAGCCUACAAAGCAAGGAAAUUGAGUAAAGAAACAUGGAUGGUUUGGAUUGAGUGUUCUGAGCAAGGAAGGGCCAGGCUUUUGUCCCCAGGGAGAAGGGGGUAGGGGCUACUCAGCCAUCAUAUAGUUUGCCAUCUCCCAUCAGGUUAAUCCCAAGGUGAGCCCACACAGUUCUUGUCAGCCUCUGGAUUAGUCACAGCCACGAGGAGGAGGAGAGACACACAGCUCUGGGCUGUGUCUGGCAGAGAGUCUGGAGUUUCUGGUUACCGAGCUCAACAGGGUGUGAGGCUGGGGAGGGGCCCUCGUUGGGGGGUGGGUGAAGCCAGCAGCAGAGCCCUGGUCAGAGUCAGAGACUGCUGCACAAGCAGAAGCAGCACACAUCAGCUACCACCUUUGCCCCCUGGGACCAGGCAAACAGAUACAAUAGCUUUUAAUACUCCUGCUCUGAAGAUCUACUCUAUCACCCUGGGGACUCCAGUCAUCCUCCACCCCAGGGAUGGAGCCACUUCUGGGUGUAAAAAUUGGCUGUUUGCUAGCCUUGCUGAUUUUCACUCUCUUCUGUGGCCUCAUUCCGAUCUGCUUCAAAUGGUUCCGGAUCCAUGCAGCCACAGGGAAGCACCGCCGGGUGCUGAGUCUCCUGGGUUGUAUAUCAGCAGGAGUGUUUUUGGGAGCAGGGCUCAUGCACAUGACAGCUGAGGCCCUGGAGGGCAUUGAUUCAGAGAUCCAGAGGUACACCCUGCAGAACAGGACAGGAAACAGGGAAAAUUCUUCUGACACUACUGAUUCCACUAAUGUGGAUUACCCAUUUGGGGAGCUCAUCAUCUCCCUAGGCUUCUUCUUGGUCUUCCUGUUGGAGUCACUGGCACUGCAGUGGUGCCCUGGUGGUACCAAGGGCUCAAAAACACCAGAGGAAGAAUGGGGUGCAUCCCAUGGUGCCCUUUCCAUGAGUCUUCACAGCCAUGGGCCUCUGCCAUCAUCCUCUCAGGGGCCCCUUAGAGCUCUGAUUCUCUUACUUUCCCUCUCCUUUCACUCGGUGUUUGAGGGACUGGCUGUGGGACUUCAGUCUUCAAUACCAUCCGUGCUGCAGCUUUGCCUGGCUGUUCUGGCACACAAAGGAUUAGUGGUGUUUGGAGUAGGACUUCGACUAGUGCAAACAGGCACAGAGCCACGAUGGGCCCUGAUCUCCAUUCUGGCAUUGGCCCUCAUGUCCCCCCUUGGCUUGGCUUUGGGGCUGGCUGUGGCUGGAGGAGAUCCUGAGGGGGGAAGGGCCUUAGCUCAGGCUGUAUUAGAAGGUGUGGCAGCCGGUACUUUCCUCUACGUAACUUUUUUAGAAAUUCUUCCCAGAGAGCUGGCCAGCUCAGAAUCCCCUUUAGCCAAAUGGGGUUGUGUGGCUGCUGGUUUUACCUUCAUGGCCAUAAUUGCCAUCUGGGCAUGAAUUCUCUCCUGUUCUAAGAGAGCUCCUUACCCAGGUCACUAGCCCUAGUCUCUGAGCUGGCCCUAGUUCUGGGACAUUCUCACUGAGCUUCAGUGGCACCUAUCUGGCACCAUCUUCCUAACUGGAUUCUAAACCACCUCUGCAGCAGUUUGCUUGGAUACCCAGCGCUGAGACAGAAAAGAGCUUGGGGUGUGGGGAAGGAGGGCACCAGAGAAAGGGAGGACAAUAGGAUGGAGAUGGAGUCUCUGCCUAUUGCCCUAGACUUGGAUACUGGAAUCUCCUAUGGCACUGUGUGUAAAUAAACGUCCAGCCUUCU